UCUUGAACGGAGGGGAAUGCUCCUUUAAAUACAGCUCAUCUGUUCACUCAUUGGCUGGAUGUCACAUAUCCCACAAUCCACCGCAUUGUUACUUCCUUUUUCCUUUCGGCCAUUUUCCUCCCUUGUAGGGAAGUAGGCAGCCAUGGCCCCCAGCCGGAAUGGAAUGAUUCUGAACCCUCACUUUCACAAAGACUGGCAGAAGAGAGUGCGCACCUGGUUCAACCAGCCAGCCAGGAAAGAACGCCGGAGAAAGGCUCGUCAGGCCAAGGCCCGACGUAUAGCUCCUCGUCCUGUUGCUGGACCACUGAGGCCUCAAGUCAGGUGUCCCACAGUGAGGUAUCACACCAAGGUUCGUUUUGGACGUGGCUUCACUCUGGAGGAGCUCAAGGCGGCUGGUAUCCACAAAAAGACAGCCCGCACUAUUGGUAUCGCAGUCGACCACCGUCGCCGCAACCGCUCCACAGAAUCUCUUCAGGCCAAUGUGCAGCGCCUCAAGGAGUACCGCUCCAAACUCAUCUUGUUCCCCAGGAAGGCUUCUGCUCCUAAGAAGGGCGACAGCACUGAGGAGGAACUGAAGAUGGCCACUCAGCUCACUGGUCCACUUAUGCCCAUCAAAACUGUCUACAAAAAGGAGAAGGCCAGACUUAUCACCGAAGACGAGAAGAACUUCAAGGCUUUUGCCAGUCUGCGUAUGGCCCGCGCCAAUGCUCGUCUGUUUGGCAUUCGUGCCAAGAGAGCCAAAGAGGCUGCUGAGCAGGAUGUGGAAAAGAAGAAGUAAACACAUUAACUAUGGAACUUUGCAAAAUAAAGUGUUUAAAAAGAA